ACAUUCGAUAUUCAUAAAGGAGACAUCUUUUCUUUAUAAUAGUCACUCCUUGGUCAGCCAGUUGGGGUAAAAUAGAAUUGCUCAACAGUUUCAUCCAUAUCCGAGUACACCUAUCUAGUUUCAUUCAUAGACUGCUAAUAAAAGCUAGUUUAAAACCUGACAACAAGACAGGUUUAUUGGCAACAAUGUACUUGAUUGUGCUCAGUUGGGCUCUGUUGGCUCUUGAUGUAGCAAUUCAAGCCAAUGGUCAGUGCACUGAGAAUGAUGUCAGAUUGGUGGGUGCUAGUCUUCCUAACGAAGGAAGAGUGGAGAUCUGUAUCAACAAUGCUUGGGGCACCAUCUGUGAUGAUAGAUGGGAUGCUAAUGAGGCAACUGUCGUGUGCAGGCAACUAGGAUACUUAUCAACAGAUUCCUUAGCUCUGGGAUCUGCUCACUUUGGACGAGGAACUGGAAUUAUUGUUCUGGACGAUGUUGGCUGCUCAGGAGCUGAGGAUAGGCUGAUUGAUUGUGCCAAGGCUUCAACUGUUACAUGUGGCAAUGGUCACUUGGAAGAUGCUGGUGUACGAUGCCAAACUGGAGAUAUUGGCACCGUGUGCAACUAUGGAGAGGUUCGGCUUGUUGGUGGGUCAAAUCAAUACGAAGGUGGAGUGGAGGUGUGUAUCAAUGAUCAGUGGGGAACUGUGUGCGACAACUCGUGGGGCACAACUGAUGCCACAUUGGUCUGCAAGCAGCUAGGAUAUGCUUAUACUUCAACCGGAAUACCGUACAGCAAUGCCUUUUUCGGCUCUGGAACUGGUCCAAUAUACUUGGAUGAUGUGCAGUGUUCCUCUAGCAGCAAUCAACUGUUGGAGUGUCCUAGUAGUCCUAUUCUUACUAACAACUGUGCCCACAGCGAUGAUGCUGGAGUAGGAUGUGAAGCUCCAUGCUCAACUGGAGACAUUCGACUGGCUGGAGGCAACAUUCCAAAUGAAGGCAGGAUAGAGAUCUGUAUGAUGAACAAUGAAUGGGGCACUGUCUGUGAUGACUCCUGGGGCUCUGCUGAUGCUACGGUUGUGUGUCGACAGCUAGGAUAUUCCACAACAGAUGCUGUGGCGUUCUCUGCAGCACACUUUGGUGCUGGAAUAGGAAGUACUUUCCUUGAUAGAGUUAGCUGUGGUGGGGGAGAAGACAGUCUUAUUAACUGCCAUCGAGCUUCAUCAGUUAUCUGUUCCAAUGGUCAUAAUGAAGACGCUGGAGUGAGGUGUCAGGUUGAAGCUACGGGUAGUGUGUGCAGCUACGGAGAUGUUCGUCUUGUUGAUGGGUCAAACCAGUAUGAGGGAAGAGUGGAGGUGUGUAUCAAUGAUCAGUGGGGAACUGUUUGUGAUGACUCAUGGGGCACAGCUGAUGCCACAUCGGUCUGCAAGCAGCUGGGAUAUGCUUAUACCUCAACCGGAAUACCAUACAGCAAUGCCUUUUUCGGCUCUGGAACUGGUCCAAUAUACUUGGAUGAUGUGCAGUGCCUCUCUAGCAGCAAUCAACUCCUGGAGUGUCCCAGUAGUCCUAUUCUUACUAACAACUGUGCCCAUAGCGAUGAUGCUGGAGUAGGAUGUGAAGCUCCAUGCUCAACUGGAGACAUUCGACUGGCUGGAGGCAACAUUCCUAAUGAAGGCAGGAUAGAGAUCUGCAUGAGUAAUGAAUGGGGCACUGUUUGUGAUGACUCUUGGGGCUCUGCUGAUGCUACGGUUGUGUGUCGACAGCUAGGAUAUUCCACAACAAAUGCUGUGGCGUUCUCUGCAGCACACUUUGGUGCAGGAAUAGGGAGUACUUUCCUUGAUGGAGUUAGCUGUGGUGGGAAUGAAGACAGUCUUAUUGACUGCACUCGAGCUUCAUCAGUUAUCUGUUCCAAUGGUCACAAUGAAGACGCUGGAGUGAGAUGUCAGGUUGAAGCUACGGGCGGUGUGUGCAGCUACGGAGAUGUUCGUCUUGUUGAUGGGUCAAACCAGUAUGAGGGAAGAGUGGAGGUGUGUAUCAAUGAUCAGUGGGGAACUGUUUGUGAUGAUUCAUGGGGCACAGCUGAUGCCACAUCGGUCUGCAAGCAGCUGGGAUAUGCUUAUACCUCAACCGGAAUACCAUACAGCAAUGCCUUUUUCGGCUCUGGAACUGGUCCAAUAUACUUGGAUGAUGUGCAGUGCCUCUCUAGCAGCAAUCAACUCCUGGAGUGUCCCAGUAGUCCUAUUCUUACUAACAACUGUGCCCAUAGCGAUGAUGCUGGAGUAGGAUGUGAAGCUCCAUGCCUAACUGGAGACAUUCGACUGGCUGGAGGCAACAUUCCUAAUGAAGGCAGGAUAGAGAUCUGCAUGAGUAAUGAAUGGGGCACUGUUUGUGAUGACUCUUGGGGCUCUGCUGAUGCUACAGUUGUGUGUCGACAGCUAGGAUAUUCCACAACAAAUGCUGUGGCGUUCUCUGCAGCACACUUUGGUGCAGGAAUAGGGAGUACUUUCCUUGAUGGAGUUAGCUGUGGUGGGAAUGAAGAAAGUCUUACUGACUGCACUCGAGCUGCAUCUGUUAUCUGUUCCAAUGGUCACAAUGAAGACGCUGGAGUGAGGUGUCAGGUUGAAGCUACGGGCGGUGUGUGCAGCUACGGAGAUGUUCGUCUUGUUGAUGGGUCAAACCAGUAUGAGGGAAGAGUGGAGGUGUGUAUCAAUGAUCAGUGGGGAACUGUUUGUGAUGACUCGUGGGGCACAGCUGAUGCCACAUCGGUCUGCAAGCAGCUGGGAUAUGCUUAUACCUCAACCGGAAUACCAUACAGCAAUGCCUUUUUCGGCUCUGGAACUGGUCCAAUAUACUUGGAUGAUGUGCAGUGCCUCUCUAGCAGCAAUCAACUCCUGGAGUGUCCCAGUAGUCCUAUUCUUACUAACAACUGUGCCCAUAGCGAUGAUGCUGGAGUAGGAUGUGAAGCUCCAUGUUCAACUGGAGACAUUCGACUGGCUGGAGGCAACAUUCCUAAUGAAGGCAGGAUAGAGAUCUGCAUGAGUAAUGAAUGGGGCACUGUUUGUGAUGACUCUUGGGGCUCUGCUGAUGCUACGGUUGUGUGUCGACAGCUAGGAUAUUCCACAACAAAUGCUGUGGCGUUCUCUGCAGCACACUUUGGUGCAGGAAUAGGGAGUACUUUCCUUGAUGGAGUUAGCUGUGGUGGGAAUGAAGAAAGUCUUAUUGACUGCACUCGAGCUUCAUCAGUUAUCUGUUCCAAUGGUCAUAAUGAAGACGCUGGAGUGAGGUGUCAGGUUGAAGCUACGGGCAGUGUGUGCAGCUACGGAGAUGUUCGUCUUGUUGAUGGGUCAAACCAGUAUGAGGGAAGAGUGGAGGUGUGUAUCAAUGAUCAGUGGGGAACUGUUUGUGAUGACUCAUGGGGCACAGCUGAUGCCACAUCGGUCUGCAAGCAGCUGGGAUAUGCUUAUACUUCAACCGGAAUACCGUACGGCAAUGCCUUUUUCGGCUCUGGAACUGGCCCAAUAUUCUUGGAUGAUGUGCAGUGCUUCUCUAGCAGCAAUCAACUCCUGGAGUGUCCCAGUAGUCCUAUUCUUACUAACAACUGUGCUCACAGUGAUGAUGCUGGAGUAGGAUGUGAAGCUCCAUGUUCAACUGGAGACAUUCGACUGGCUGGAGGCAACAUUCCUAAUGAAGGCAGGAUAGAGAUCUGCAUGAGUAAUGAAUGGGGCACAGUUUGCGAUGACUCUUGGAGUUCUGUUGAUGCUGCUGUUGUGUGUCGACAGCUAGGAUAUUCCACAACAGAUGCUGUGGCGUUCUCUGCAGCACACUUUGGUGCUGGAAUAGGGAGUACUUUCCUUGAUGGAGUUAGCUGUGGGGGGAAUGAAGACAGUCUUAUUGACUGCACUCGAGCUUCAUCAGUUAUCUGUUCCAAUGGUCACAAUGAGGACGCUGGAGUAAGGUGUCAGAUUGAAGCAAUGGGCAGUGUAUGCAACUAUGGAGAUGUUCGUCUUGUUGAUGGGUCAAACCAGUAUGAGGGAAGAGUAGAGGUGUGCAUCAAUGAUCAGUGGGGAACUGUCUGUGAUGACUCGUGGGGCACAGCUGAUGCCACAUUGGUCUGCAAGCAGCUGGGAUAUGCUUAUGCUUCAACCGGAACGCCGUACAGUAAUGCCUUUUUCGGCUCUGGAACUGGUCCUAUAUACAUGGAUGAUGUUCAGUGUUCCUUUAGCAGCAGUCAACUCUUGGAGUGUCCUAGUAGUCCUAUCCUUACGAACAACUGUGACCACAGCGAUGAUGCUGGAGUAGGAUGUGAAGCUCCAUGCUCAACUGGAGACAUUCGACUGGCUGGAGGCAACAUUCCAAAUGAAGGCAGGAUAGAGAUCUGUAUGAACAAUGAAUGGGGCACUGUCUGUGAUGACUCCUGGGGCUCUGCUGAUGCAAUGGUUGUGUGUCGACAGCUCGGAUAUUCCACGACAGAUGCUGUGGCAUUCUCUGCAGCACACUUUGGUGCAGGAAUAGGGAGUACUUUCCUUGAUGGAGUUAGCUGUGGUGGGAAUGAAAACAGUCUUACUGACUGCACUCGAGCUUCAUCAGUUAUCUGUUCCAAUGGUCACAAUGAGGACGCAGGAGUAAGGUGUCAGAUUGAAGCUACAGGCAGUGUGUGCAACUACGGAGAUGUUCGUCUUGUUGGUGAGUCAAAUCAGUAUCAGGGAAGAGUGGAGGUGUGUAUCAAUAAUCAGUGGGGAACUGUAUGUGACGACUCAUGGGGCACAGCUGAUGCCACAUUGGUCUGCAAGCAGCUGGGAUUUGCUUAUACUUCAACUGGAAUACCGUACAGCAAUGCCUUUUUCGGCUCUGGAACUGGUCCAAUAUACUUGGAUGAUGUGCAGUGCUUCUCUAGCAGCAAUCAACUCUUGGAGUGUCCUAGUAGUCCUAUCCUUACUAACAACUGUGACCACAGCGAUGAUGCUGGAGUAGGAUGUGAAGCUCCAUGCUCAACUGGAGAUAUUCGACUGGCUGGAGGCAACAUUCCAAAUGAAGGCAGGAUAGAGAUCUGUAUGAGUAAUGAAUGGGGCACAGUUUGUGAUGACUCCUGGGGCUCUGCUGAUGCUAUGGUUGUGUGUCGACAGCUAGGAUAUUCCACAACAGAUGCUGUGGCGUUCUCUACAGCACACUUUGGUGCUGGAAUAGGGAGUACUUUCCUUGAUGGAGUUAGCUGUGGGGGGAAUGAAGACAGUCUUAUUGACUGCACUCGAGCUCUAUCAGUUAUCUGUUCCAAUGGUCACAAUGAGGACGCUGGAGUGAGGUGUCAGAUUGAAGCAAUGGGCAGUGUAUGCAACUAUGGAGAUGUUCGUCUUGUUGAUGGGUCAAACCAGUAUGAGGGAAGAGUGGAGGUGUGUAUCAAUGAUCAGUGGGGAACUGUUUGUGAUGACUCAUGGGGCACAACUGAUGCCACAUUGGUCUGCAAGCAGCUGGGAUAUGCUUAUGCUUCAACCGGAAAACCGUACAGCAAUGCCUUUUUCGGCUCUGGAACUGGUCCCAUAUACAUGGAUGAUGUUCAAUGUUCCUCUAGCAGCACUCAACUCUUGGAGUGUCCUAGUAGUCCUAUCCUUACGAACAACUGUGACCACAGCGAUGAUGCUGGAGUAGGAUGUGAAGCUCCAUGCUCAACUGGAGACAUUCGACUGGCUGGAGGCAACAUUCCAAAUGAAGGCAGGAUAGAGAUCUGUAUGAACAAUGAAUGGGGCACUGUCUGUGAUGACUCCUGGGGCUCUGCUGAUGCUACGGUUGUGUGUCGACAGCUCGGAUAUUCCUCAAUAGAUGCUGUGGCGUUCUCUGCGGCACACUUUGGUGCUGGAAUAGGGAGUAUUUUCCUUGAUGGAGUUAGCUGUGGUGGGAAUGAAAACAGUCUUACUGACUGCACUCGAGCUCUAUCAGUUAUCUGUUCCAAUGGUCACAAUGAGGACGCUGGAGUGAGGUGUCAGAUUGAAGCUACGGGCAGUGUGUGCAGCUACGGAAAUAUUCGUCUUGUUGAUGGGUCAAACCAGUAUGAGGGAAGAGUGGAAGUGUGUAUUAAUGAUCAAUGGGGAACUGUAUGCGAUGACUCGUGGGGCACAGCUGAUGCCACAUUAGUCUGCAAGCAGCUGGGAUAUGCUUAUACCUCAACCGGAAUACCGUACAGCAAUGCCUUGUUCGGCUCUGGAACUGGUCCAAUAUACUUGGAUGAUGUGCACUGCUUCUCUAGCAGCAAUCAACUCCUGGAGUGUCCCAGUAGUCCUAUCCUUACCAAUAACUGUGCCCAUAGCGAUGAUGCUGGAGUAGGAUGUGAAGCUCCAUGCUCAACUGGAGACAUUCGACUGGCUGGAGGCAACAUUCCAAAUGAAGGCAGGAUAGAGAUCUGUAUGAGUAAUGAAUGGGGCACUGUUUGUGAUGACUCCUGGAGCUCUGCUGAUGCUAUGGUUGUGUGUCGACAGCUAGGAUAUUCCACAACAAAUGCUGUGGCGUUCUCUGCAGCACACUUUGGUGCUGGAAUAGGGAGUACUUUCCUUGAUGGAGUUAGCUGUGGUGGGGAAGAAAACAGUCUUAUUGACUGCACUCGAGCUGCAUCUGUUAUCUGUUCCAAUGGUCACAAUGAGGACGCUGGAGUGAGGUGUCAAAUUGAAGCUACGGGCAGUGUGUGCAGCUACGGAGAUGUUCGUCUUGUUGAUGGGUCAAACCAGUAUGAGGGAAGAGUGGAGGUGUGUAUCAAUGAUCAAUGGGGAACUGUAUGUGAUGACUCGUGGGGCACAGCUGAUGCCACAUUGGUCUGCAAGCAGCUGGGAUAUGCUUAUACUUCAACCGGAGUACCAUAUAGUAAUGCCUUUUUCGGCUCUGGAACUGGUCAAAUAUACUUGGAUGAUGUUCAGUGUUCCUCUAGCAGCAGUCAACUCUUGGAGUGUCCUAGUAGUCCUAUUCUUACUAACAACUGUGCACACAACGAUGAUGCUGGAGUAGGAUGUGAAGCUCCAUGCUCAACUGGAGACAUUCGACUGGCUGGAGGCAACAUUCCAAAUGAAGGCAGGAUAGAGAUCUGUAUGAACAAUGAAUGGGGCACUGUCUGUGAUGACUCCUGGGGCUCUGCUGAUGCUACGGUUGUGUGUCGACAGCUAGGAUAUACUGCAACAGAUGCUGUGGCAUUCUCUGCAGCACACUUUGGUGCUGGAAUAGGGAGUACUUUCCUUGAUGGAGUUAGCUGUGGUGGGGAAGAAAACAGUCUUAUUGACUGCACUCGAGCUGCAUCUGUUAUCUGUUCCAAUGGUCACAAUGAGGACGCCGGAGUGAGGUGUCAGAUUGAAGAUACGGGCAGUGUGUGCAGCUACGGAGAUAUUCGUCUUGUUGAUGGGUCAAACCAGUAUCAGGGAAGAGUGGAGGUGUGUAUCAAUGAUCAGUGGGGAACUGUAUGCGAUGACUCGUGGGGCACAACUGAUGCCACAUUGGUCUGCAAGCAGCUGGGAUAUGCUUAUACUUCCACCGGAACACCGUACAGCAAUGCCUUUUUCGGCUCGGGAACUGGUCCCAUAUACAUGGAUGAUGUGCAGUGCUCCUCUAGCAGUAGUCAGCUCUUGGAAUGUUCUAGCAGACCAAUUCUGGACCAUAAUUGUGACCACAGUGAUGAUGCUGGAGUUGGAUGUGAAGCUCCUUGCUUGACUGGAGAUAUUCGAUUGAAUGGAGCAAGUGUACCAAAUGAAGGCAGAAUAGAAAUCUGCAUAAACAAUGAAUGGGGCACUGUCUGUGACGACUCAUGGGACUCUGCUGAUGUAACUGUUGUAUGCAGACAAUUGGGGUAUUCUGAUUCAGGUGCUGUUGCAUUCAGUUCUGCGCACUUUGGUGCUGGGACAGGAAGCAUUUUCCUUGAUGGUGUGAGCUGUGCUGGUACAGAGAGUAGAUUGGUAGACUGUCCUAAAAACUCCAUUGUGAUUUGCUUCAAUCAGCACUCAGAAGACGCUGGAGUCCGUUGUCAAGUUGUGGACCCAUGCUUAUCCAAUCCAUGUGAUGCAAAUGCCGAUUGCAUAAAAGAAAGUUCCUUGAGUCCAGUGUUCAUGUGUGUAUGUCGAUCUGGAUUCACUGGAACUGGAUUUGAGUGUUCAAUUCCAGAUCCUUGUUUAAGUGGUCCAUGUGAUGUGAAUGCUGUUUGUCAUCAAGGUGAUCCUCUGAACAGUGAAUUCACUUGUACUUGCAACUCUCCAUUUCAAGGAGAUGGAUUUACCUGCACAUAUCCAGAUCCCUGUAUCUCUAAUCCUUGUGAUGUCAAUGCUGUCUGUACUAGAAGCAGUGCGAAUAAUCAAGACUUCAUGUGUGAAUGCAACUCCCCAUUUCAAGGAGACGGAUUGACUUGUAUAUAUCCAGAUCCCUGUUUCUCUGAUCCCUGCGAUGCCAAUGCGGACUGCACCCGACACGGUGUUACCAACGGAGAAUUUGCUUGUACUUGUAGGACUGGGUACACUGGAAGUGGAUUCUCAUGCAGCGUACUUGAUCCUUGUCAGAGCAGUCCCUGUGAUCCCAAUGCUGAUUGUACAAGGGAUGGACUUCUCGUGAACACAUUUAAUUGCUUGUGUAUUGCUCCAUUCCAAGGAGAUGGAUUCAACUGUACAUAUCCAAACCCCUGUCUCUCUGAUCCCUGUGAUGUCAAUGCGGACUGCACCAGAGACGGUGUGACCAACGGAGAAUUUGCUUGUGCUUGUAGGACUGGGUUCACUGGAAGUGGAUUAUCAUGCAGCGUACCUGAUCCUUGUCUGAGCAGUCCCUGUGAUCCCAAUGCUGAGUGUACAAGGGAUGGACUUCUCGUGAACACAUUCAAUUGCUUAUGUAGUGCUCCAUAUGAAGGAGAUGGAUUCACUUGUACUUAUCGCAACCCUUGUCUCUCUAAUCCUUGUGAUGUCAAUGCUGACUGUACCAGACUCAGUUUGUCCAAUGGGGACUUUACUUGUAUUUGUAGGCCUGAAUACACAGGAGAUGGAUUCUCAUGCAGUGUACCUGAUCCCUGCCUGAGUAGUCCUUGUGACCCCAACGCUGACUGUGCAAGAGAUGGACUGCUCAUGACCACGUUCAAUUGUUCCUGCAUUUAUCCAUAUGAAGGAGAUGGAUUCAGUUGCAUCUAUCCAGAUCCCUGUCUCUCUAAUCCCUGUGAUGUCAAUGCUGUCUGUACUAGAAGCAGUGCGAACAAUCAAGACUUCGUGUGUGAAUGCACCUCCCCAUUUCAAGGAGACGGAUUGACUUGUAUAUAUCCAAACCCCUGUCUAUCUGAUCCUUGCGAUGUCAAUGCGGACUGCACCCGAAACGGUGUAACCAACGGGGAAUUUGUUUGUAUAUGUAGGACUGGGUUCAUUGGAAGUGGAUUCUCAUGCAGCGUACCUGAUCCUUGUCAGAGCAGUCCCUGUGAUCCCAAUGCUGAGUGUACAAGGGAUGGGCUUCUCGUGAACACAUUCAAUUGCUUGUGUAGUGCUCCAUAUGAAGGAGAUGGAUUCAAUUGUACUUAUCGCAACCCCUGUCUGUCUAAUCCUUGUGAUGUCAAUGCUGACUGUACCAGACUCAGUUUGUCAAAUGGGAACUUUACUUGUAUUUGUAGGCCUGAAUACACCGGAGAUGGAUUCUCAUGCAGUGUGCCUGAUCCCUGCCUGAGUAGUCCUUGUGACCCCAAUGCUGACUGUGCAAGAGAUGGACUGCUCAUGAACAUGUUUAAUUGUUCCUGCAUUGAUCCAUAUGAAGGAGAUGGAUUCAGUUGCAUCUAUCCAGAUCCCUGCCUCUCUAAUCCCUGUGAUGUUAAUGCUGUCUGUACUAGAAGCAGUGCGAACAAUCAAGACUUCGUGUGUGAAUGCAACUCCCCAUUUCAAGGAGACGGAUUGACUUGUAUAUAUCCAGAUCCCUGUUUCUCUGAUCCCUGCGAUGUCAAUGCGGAGUGCACCCGAGAUGGUGUAACCAACGGGGAAUUUGCUUGUACUUGUAGAACUGGGUUCACUGGAAGUGGAUUCUCAUGCAGCGUGCCUGAUCCUUGUCUGAGCAGUCCCUGUGAUCCCAAUGCUGAGUGUACAAGGGAUGGACUUCUCGUGAACACAUUCAAUUGCUUGUGUUGUGCUCCAUAUGAAGGAGAUGGAUUCAGUUGUACUUAUCGCAACCCUUGUCUCUCUAAUCCUUGUGAUGUCAAUGCUGACUGUACCAGACUCAGUUUGUCCAAUGGGGACUUUACUUGUAUUUGUAGGCCUGAAUACACAGGAGAUGGAUUCUCAUGCAGUGUACCUGAUCCCUGCCUGAGUAGUCCUUGUGACCCCAAUGCUGACUGUGCAAGAGAUGGACUGCUCAUGACCAUGUUCAAUUGUUCCUGCAUUUAUCCAUAUGAAGGAGAUGGAUUCAGUUGCAUCUAUCCAGAUCCCUGUCUCUCUGAUCCCUGUGAUGUCAAUGCUGUCUGUACUAGAAGCAGUGCGAACAAUCAAGACUUCGUGUGUGAAUGCAACUCCCCAUUUCAAGAAGACGGAUUGACUUGUAUAUAUCCAAACCCCUGUCUUUCUGAUCCCUGCGAUGCCAAUGCGGACUGCACCCGAAACAGUGUAACCAACGGGGAAUUUGCAUGUACUUGUAGAACUGGAUUCACUGGAAGUGGAUUAUCAUGCAGCGUACCUGAUCCUUGUCAGAGCAGUCCCUGUGAUCCCAAUGCUGAGUGUACAAGGGAUGGACUUCUCGUGAAUACAUUCAAUUGCUUGUGUAGUGCUCCAUAUGAAGGAGAUGGAUUCAGUUGUACUUAUCGCAACCCUUGUCUCUCUAAUCCUUGUGAUGUCAAUGCUGACUGUACUAGACUCAGUUUGUCCAAUGGGGACUUUACUUGUAUUUGUAGGCCUGAAUACACCGGAGAUGGAUUCUCAUGCAGUGUGCCUGAUCCCUGCCUGAGUAGUCCUUGUGACCCCAAUGCUGACUGUGCAAGAGAUGGACUGCUCAUGACCACGUUCAAUUGUUCCUGCAUUUAUCCAUAUGAAGGAGAUGGAUUCAGUUGCAUCUAUCCAGAUCCCUGUCUCUCUGAUCCCUGUGAUGUCAAUGCUGUCUGUACUAGAAGCAGUGCGAACAAUCAAGACUUCGUGUGUGAAUGCAACUCCCCAUUUCAAGAAGACGGAUUGACUUGUAUAUAUCCAAACCCCUGUCUUUCUGAUCCCUGCGAUGCCAAUGCGGACUGCACCCGAAACAGUGUAACCAACGGGGAAUUUGCUUGUACUUGUAGAACUGGAUUCACUGGAAGUGGAUUAUCAUGCAGCGUACCUGAUCCUUGUCAGAGCAGUCCCUGUGAUCCCAAUGCUGAGUGUACAAGGGAUGGACUUCUCGUGAAUACAUUCAAUUGCUUGUGUAGUGCUCCAUAUGAAGGAGAUGGAUUCAGUUGUACUUAUCGCAACCCUUGUCUCUCUAAUCCUUGUGAUGUCAAUGCUGACUGUACUAGACUCAGUUUGUCCAAUGGGGACUUUACUUGUAUUUGUAGGCCUGAAUACACCGGAGAUGGAUUCUCAUGCAGUGUGCCUGAUCCCUGCCUGAGUAGUCCUUGUGACCCCAAUGCUGACUGUGCAAGAGAUGGACUGCUCAUGACCACAUUCAAUUGUUCCUGCAUUUAUCCAUAUGAAGGAGAUGGAUUCAGUUGCAUCUAUCCAGAUCCCUGUCUCUCUGAUCCCUGUGAUGUCAAUGCUGUCUGUACUAGAAGCAGUGCGAACAAUCAAGACUUCGUGUGUGAAUGCAACUCUCCAUUUCAAGGAGGCGGAUUGACUUGCACAUAUCCAAACCCCUGUCUAUCUGAUCCCUGCGAUGUCAAUGCAGACUGCACCCGAAACGGUGUAACCAACGGGGAAUUUGUUUGUACCUGUAGGACUGGUUUCACUGGAAGUGGAUUCUCAUGCAGCGUACCUGAUCCUUGUCAGAGCAGUCCCUGUGAUCCCAAUGCUGAGUGUACAAGGGAUGGGCUUCUCGUGAACACGUUCAAUUGCUUGUGUAAUGCUCCAUAUGAAGGAGAUGGAUUCAGUUGUACUUAUCGCAACCCCUGUCUCUCUAGCCCUUGUGAUAUCAAUGCUGACUGUACCAGACUCAGUUUGUCCAAUGGGGACUUUACUUGUAUUUGUAGGCCUGAAUACACAGGAAAUGGAUUCUCAUGCAGUGUGCCUGAUCCCUGCCUGAGUAGUCCUUGUGACCCCAAUGCUGACUGUGCAAGAGAUGGACUGCUCAUGACCACGUUCAAUUGUUCCUGCAUUGAUCCAUAUGAAGGAGAUGGAUUCAGUUGCAUCUAUCCAGAUCCCUGUCUCUCUAAUCCCUGUGAUGUCAAUGCUGUCUGUACUAGAAGCAGUGCGAACAAUCAAGACUUCGUGUGUGAAUGCAACUCCCCAUUUCAAGGAGACGGAUUGACUUGUAUAUAUCCAGAUCCCUGUUUCUCUGAUCCCUGCGAUGUCAAUGCGGACUGCACCCGAGACGGUGUAACCAACGGGGAAUUUGCUUGUACUUGUAGAACUGGGUUCACUGGAAGUGGAUUCUCAUGCAGCGUACCUGAUCCUUGUCUGAGCAGUCCCUGUGAUCCCAAUGCUGAGUGUACAAGGGAUGGGCUUCUCGUGAACACAUUCAAUUGCUUAUGUAGUGCUCCAUAUGAAGGAGAUGGAUUCAGUUGUACUUAUCGCAACCCCUGUCUCUCUAAUCCUUGUGAUGUCAAUGCUGGCUGUACCAGACUCAGUUUGUCCAAUGGGAACUUUACUUGUAUUUGUAGGCCUGAAUACACCGGAGAUGGAUUCUCAUGCAGUGUACCUGAUCCCUGCCUGAGUAGUCCUUGUGACCCCAAUGCUGACUGUGCAAGAGAUGGACUGCUCAUGACCACGUUCAAUUGUUCCUGCUUUGAUCCAUAUGAAGGAGAUGGAUUCAGUUGCAUCUAUCCAAAUCCCUGUCUCUCUAAUCCCUGUGAUGUCAAUGCUGUCUGUACUAGAAGCAGUGCGAACAAUCAAGACUUCGUGUGUGAAUGCAACUCCCCAUUUCAAGGCGACGGAUUGACUUGUAUAUAUGCAAAUCCAAAUCCCUGUCUCUCUGAUCCCUGUGAUAUAAAUGCGAACUGCACAGACAGUGUGACCAAUGGGGAAUUUGCUUGUACUUGUAUGACUGGAUUUACUGGAAAUGGAUUUUCAUGCAGCGAUGUAGUACAACAACCAACAUGUAUCCCAGGCAACCGCAAAGCCAAUGAAGAUACAAUUGUUGCUGUCAUUGGUGAUUAUCAAUUGCCUGCUCAACUGACUGAAGAGCUACAAGGACAGUUUAAAGAAACACUUGAAAACAUUUUGAAUGCUUACUGUUCUGCUUUCCAAGCUGCAUGUAUCUUUGAUCAACUAAGCUAUGUGAGGCCAUGUGUGACUAUUGUGAAUGUUGAGAAGAGUAGUGGUGGACUUGCUGUCAUUUUUUACGCUUCUGUUGGUGAACAGAGGCUAAGUGAAGAAGCAGUAACUACUGGUAUACAGGCUGGAAUAGACAGUGGCAAUACUCAAGCAGCAGGUUUUGAGCAGGUAACUCUGAUAACAGUUGACGACUACAUGUAGCAGACCUCACUACCAGUGGUGAUAGGAGCUGCUGUUGGAGCUGUACUUGGUGCUGCUAUAUUGUUAGUAAUCCUGAUCGUGAUAAUAAUACUUUUGAAGAAGAGGAAAGGCAAAACAUACGAAUUUUAUACUAACGAUAAUGCUUUUGAAAGGUCACUUCAUCAAGAAAAUCCAGCUUUUUCUGCUAGUGAAAAUAACUACACGCUUCCAUUGAAAAAAGAUCAAACUGAUUAAAUUGAUACCAUUUUUUUAAAUUAAUAGACAUAGUUAAUGUUUAAACUGCGGACUGAAUAUACAUGACUGUUUGUUUCCCCUUAUAUUUAUUGUGGCCACUUUUGGGCCUGACAAUCGACUUUAUGGUGUUCUUAUUGCUACUUAUCACAUGGGCAUUAUGAUGAAUGUAUACAGCGUCAACAUG